UCCAGCCGUGCGGUAACCAAGAUUGCUACCCCUUCCCGUACUGUUGCCGUACCAACCUCCUGUCGUCCCGGCAACAACAAUACCAGUCUUCGUUCUCCUGGCUCUGAUGAUGUCAUUGUUAGUGCCAGGAUCGUAAAAUAACACAUUGUCAGCUCAAGGUCAUCGCUAGUUGUCUGGUUGAGGGUUUUGGUGAAAUAUGG